AUAGACCGAGGAGACACAGAUCCUCUGCUCUGCCGUUAAAAGUACAAUACAAGGUUAGUUAGUUGCUCUGUAACUUUAACUGUAACUGUAACUGUAACUGUAAUGGCUUCAUUCUCUCUGAACCUCACAACUUCACUUUCUCCAUCCAUUCUUCAACGACGCCGUUUCUCAUCCUCUACUCAUCCACCACCACCACAUGGUUCACUGCUGCAAAAUAAGAAAUUUGGGGUUUUCUUAUUGCUGGGUUUAAGACCAUUUUCUUUCAAUUGGAGGAUGAGGAGAACUAUAAUGUCUGUAGCCAAUCAAGAUGCAAGGGAAGCAGUGAAAGAAACCGACGAAACUGAUAGCAUGAUAGGUGUACUGACUGAAGUUGAUUCUCAUCAAGUACAUGACAAAAGUAAUGAAGCUUGGUCACAAUUUGCCAGAAAAAUAUCGGGUGAAUGGGAUGGAUUUGGAGCAGAUUUCAGUAAUCAAGGGACGGUAAUCGAACUUCCAGAGUCGGUGGUGCCUGAAGCAUACCGAGAGUGGGAGGUCAAAGUAUUUGAUUGGCAAACUCAAUGCCCCACUCUUGCUGACACAGAGGAUCGUGUUCUUCAGUACAGGUCCAUUCAGUUGCUUCCCACGGUUGGAUGUGAGGCUGAUGCUGCUACGGUAUACAAUUCCGAUGAGAGAAAAGUUGGUGGAGAAAACAGUGGAGUUACCGCCUUUGCUUACCAACCUAGUGGCUCUUACGUUGCUCUCUGGCAAAAGAAGGAUGACUUAAUAGAGUUGGAAUACUGCUUGAUCAAUCCUCAAGAUUUUGAAUCUCGGGUUAGGAUUGUUCAGCGUAUCCGUGUAUUAAAUAAUACAGAGUUGAAGCUACAAGGUAUUAGAGUAUUUCGUGAGCAGUGGUAUGGACCAUUCAGAAAUGGCGAUCAACUAGGAGGUUGUGCCAUUCGCGAUUCUGCUUUUGCUUCUACACCACCGGUGACUGCUUCAGAUAUUACUGGUAUCUGGCAGGGAUCUAAAGAUGUCUCCACUUUUGGCACUGCAAACACUGCGAUCUUUCAAGAGCUUUUAGAUGACAAAACACAGAAGACUGUUAGAGAUGGAGAAAACUAUGUAUUACUUCCUAAGCAACUUUGGUGUUCAUUUGAACAAAACAAGGAUGGCGAAACGCUAAGUGAAGUCGGAUGGCUUUUAGAUCAUGGGCAGGCAAUCACAUCAAGCUGCUUGUUCUCAAGUACUGCAAAGCUAAAGGAAAUAUCAAUAGCAUUAGAAACUAGAGCCUUGGAACAUGCAGAAUAGCCUUACUGGCAAUCCAUUCUGAUCCAAAUAUGUUUACAUCCCUAAAUAAACAGCUUCACAAUCCAAGGUGAAAUUCAUGUAUAAAUAUAAUAAUUUUAUAGCAAAGUUUGUUUUAUAAUUAAAUCAUCCAUUUUAAGUGUAUAUGAUAAGGUCUAUUAAAGUUUUCUUCUUCAUGGUAGCUUGUUUCCGUCGAUUUCCGAAUACUGUGUUUAUUAGUUAUAGUUAAAGGUUUCUUUGUACAUUCCUGGAACUUAUACUGCAUGCAGAUGAAUUUGGUGCUUCAAAAUUAAGUUUUCAUUCUGUGAACGUUGCUUUUGAUGCAAGACUGUGGUUUGUGGUUACACAAUAAAAGGAAAUAGUCCUCUUUGUGUUUCUAAGA